CUUCCCUUGACUGGGCGGAGCAGAGGGCGAGAAUCCCGCGUAGUCCGCUCCAUCGCCGCGCUCGAAUCUAAACUACAACUCCCAGCAGGCAGUGGGGCGGAGCUUGGGGACCCGGAACAUGGCGGCGACCGUUGUGGCUGCGCUGAAGAAGCCGCGGCUGAGGGGUGUCCUAGGGUACAGGGGGUUUCUCCAGGGAGCCUGUGCCGGCGGGGCGCGGCUCCAGCAGCGCCUGGGCCCCCCGCAGUCCAAGCCUGAGCCCGCGCCCGGCCCGUGGCCUCCGGGCGUGGAAUACAUCCCCAAGAAGAAGGCCAAGAACCCUAUGAAGGCCGUGGGGCUGGCGUGGGCCAUCGGCUUUCCCUGUGGGAUCCUCCUCUUCCUCUUCACUAAGCGAGAAGUGGACAAAAACCGCCUGAAGCAGAUGAAGGCCCUGCAGAACAUGCGGACCGCUAACCAAGGAGACUACGAGAGGCAGCGGUUCAAGUCCUCGUCCCCCGAGGCGUUGCCGCCCCCCGCCAGGGCCGGGGUGCAGUCCUGAGAUGGGGCCUGGACCUCCAACCUGGACUGCAAACUGAGGAGCCGGCGGAGCCUAGGGGCGUCCGGCGCCCCGGAGGGGCCAAGGCGGCCAAUAAAGUCUCACUAUUUGCCCUGAGAAAGGAGCCCCGAGCCUGGCGUGUGGGGGAAGGAGGGAGAGCGGGGCUGGAGGCGCCCGGCCAGAGCCGGGGAGACCAGGGUCCCCGAGCUCCCUCGGGGACAAAGGCCUUGGAAACGCGCCGCUUGGCUUCCCUAGGGAAUGGGGCCUUUUAGAGCCUCCAGUGUAGAGGUGGCCCUUAAUUCUGCAGAUGGGGAAACUGAGGCACACGAGUCCCAAGAAGCACGGUCUGGAACAGAAUUGUUCAUCCGUCACCCUUUCUACACCAUACCUAAUAAAGCAUUUUUCUCAGCA